AUGCUACCUACUGAUGAUGUUACAGUAGUAGUCGAUACUUCUUCAUUUGACAGACAACGACAUAAACAUUACCACCAUUUUGAUACUAAUAAUAACAAUCCAACAAUGGAUUAUUUUUUCAUCAAUUCUGAUGAUAUCAGGUAAAAAAAAAUGACUAGCUUUUCGUUUUAUUUUUUUUUUGUCUUUUACUUCAUUCGAUUCAACGAUAUUUACAUGUCAUGUCCAAAGGGAUUAGUUCCAUCCUAUGUAUACACAAGUCUCGGCAUCGUUCAUCAUCAGUAGUAGUACCAGCACUAGGCGCUAAUCCAUCUAUUUCAUUUUGUGUAUACAUGAGAAAGAUCUGGUGUCAUUUGAAAUUGAACUAACAUAAAGUAAUUAAUCGUAUGUAGGAGACUAAUAGAAAAAUACAUUCGAUUUUUUUUUCUUCCUCACACAUAUACACUCUCUCUCCCUCUGUUAAA